AUGACUUACCAACACCUGAACCUACAACUCCCGAGCUCUUCAUCGCCUCAAGCCAGCUCUUCAGGUCCAACUGCACCACCUGAAGCACCUCUACCAAUGGAAUCAGCCGAACCCCCAGCAGACCAAGGACGAAGUACAACGCGGACCAAAACGGCAGCAACGAGGCAGUCUGCCAGAAUUGCCAGCGCAGGCACCGAAGCCGAAGACGCAGCACCACCCCAAGGCAGCACAUCUCAGACAACUCCUCUGCCUGGUGUGCCAGCAAAGUCAACAGCCAAGCCAGCAGCCAAACCAUCUGCCAAGCAGGCGGCUACUAAGCAGACACCCCCAAUCAAUGCACCAGACGCCCCAAGCCCCCAAGCCCCCCCGGCCCCAGCACCUCCUCAAAAAGCAGCAGACAUAACGGCGCUGCUUGCACGCAUAGCGCAGCUAGAGCAAGAGCAAGCAGCCAGAACCAUGCAGCCAGCGGAAAUCCCCCACAGGACAGUUCCCCCCAUGCUAUUCACUUCCCCAGAAGAAGUCGAGAAAGCAAGGGCUGCCACCACGGCAGCCAGAAAGGACAAAUCCAAGGUCACUCUCCUGGAAAUAGUGCCAGGCUACAAAGCGAACCCCCUUGACACUGCAAAACCAAAGAGCAGCAGGCUCAAGAUGCUAAAGGCACUCUCGCGAUAUGUCAGGCAGCAGGCCAGACUAUUGGUUUCAGGCCAUGAAGUGACCAAAGAAGGGGCUGGAGGCCGCCAAAAUGUUCUCCGCCCCGCAUAUGAUCAUAGGCACACUCAGCCCAAACCUACCCAAUCACCCCAAAUGAAGCCUAAGGCUGACGACAGCCCGUGUUUUUUUUUUACAGCCAUUCCGCCCAAGGUAGAUGAGGUCUUCAAGGCUUCCAAAUACGUACCUUACAGUGCACUUACAUCGUCGGCUCGAUGGCAAGCCAUCAGAAGCGGAGAAGAAGCCUUCGUCAUCUCAGCAUCGGGUUUGAUAACAGCCAGAGGGCUUGACCGCCAAAACGAAAGGAGCAUAUCCUUAUCUGACUGGAUAGGAGCAGCGAAUGCAGUGGAAGAGCGCACCGAGCACUAUCAUGGGGCAGCUCGAGCCAAGGCACUAAGAGCGCACCAUAGCGUUGUCCUAGGACUAAGCCGAUCCCACUCUUGGAACGUGGCAGUCGAGUAUGACAUACAGCAACGUGAGAUGGUGGUGCAGCACCCACAGCACGACUUAUCGCAGCUGGAUGACAAAGCCCUGACCAUCAUCGCGACAUGUAUAGUAGCUAGGCAGCCAGCCUUAACUGCCACAUAUAGUACUCCGCAAUUCAAGAGGCCGCUACCACCUUCUUCUUCAUCAUCAUCCCAGCAGCCACCAAAGAAAAAGUCCAGACUCCAGUGCUUUCAGUGUGGAGGAGCAGACCAUCUACCGGGCGACUGCACAGCAGAAUCAACCAUCACCGGGCACCCAGCAGCCCAGAUCGCAGCAUCAGCCAAGAGUGCGCACACCCUUGCAGCCCCAGGUGGAAAGAUAUUCUGCAUUGGUUGGGCAUGA